AUGGCCGAGGAAGGCAUUGCUUCUGGACCUGUAAUGGACGUUAAUACUGCUCUGCAAGAGAUGCUGAAGACCGCCCUCAUCAACGAUGGCUUAGCACGUGGAAUUCGUGAAGCUGCGAAAGCUUUAGACAAGCGCCAAGCCCUUGUGUGUGUGCUUGCAUCUAACUGUGAUGAGCCUGUGUAUGUCAAGUUGGUGGAGGCCCUUUGUGCUGAGCAUCAAAUCAACCUGAUUAAGGUUGAUGACAAGAAGAAACUAGAAGAAUGGGUGGGCCUCUGUAAAAUUGGCAGAGAGGGAAAACCCUGUAAAGUGGUUGGUUGCAGUUGUGUGGUAGUUAAGGACUAUGGCAAAGAAUCUCAGGCCAAGGAUGUCAUCGAGGAGUACUUCAAAUGCAAGAAAUGA